AUGACGCCAUCAGGCAAACCGCCUUUCUGUUGGAUGCUGUUGGAGUCUUCAUUCCUUUUACUGAACGGUGCCCACUGCAUCUCCAAAUCCCGGACGUAUCAGGUUGUGGUAGGUGAAUAUGACAUGGAUGCGGAAGAAGGCAAUGAGCAGCGCAUUCCUGUGAACUCCGAUGACAUCUUUGUGCACCCCAAAUGGUUCUCCAUCUGUGCUGCUUGCGGCAACGACAUCGCCCUGAUGAAGCUGAGCAACACGGUGCAGCUGGGGUGCCUCCCCCCCCCCGCAGGGGAAGUGUUGCCUAAUGAUUACCCCUGUUACAUCAGCGCCUGGGGACGGCUGUACACAAACGGCCCCCUUCCUUCCAAACUCCAGCAGGCCAUUCUUCCAGUGGUGGACAAUGAACACUGCAACCAGAAGGACUGGUGGGGAGGUGUCAUCCGGAAAAACAUGAUCUGCGCCGGAGGAGACAUCCGCGCCGGCUGCAACGGUGACUCCGGCGGCCCCCUGAACUGCAAGGCCGCUGACGGGAGAUGGGAGGUCCAUGGGAUCGCUAGCUUUGUCUCCGCCUUGGGAUGCAACGCCCUGAAGAAACCCACCGUCUUCACCCGGGUCUCCGAUUUCGAGACCUGGAUCCAGGAAAACACCCCUAUUUUCACCUGUGAACACUUGUCCUUUGACAAGCUGCCCAGCUGA